UGCGGCUGCGCAGUGAGCACGGUGUGUGAGUGUAGGGAGCAGCAGUGUUCUGAUUCUGGGAUCAGAUUCUGUGAUAUCUAACUGAAGGCAGGAUGAGGGGGUACCCGCUCCUGAUCAGGACCCUCUCCGGUCCCGCACACCGAGCUCUGACCCACAGAACCGGCCCGACACCCCGCCGCAGCUUCAGCACCAGCCCCCGCGCCCGCAAAGACUUCUUCCAAGAUCUAGAUAACCAGUUUAAAGCAUUCAGAGACAAAGCAACAGCAGCGAUGCCCGGCAGUGACUGGAGCCCCAUCCAGCAGAACCCGGGCCUCCCUCCUGAGCGAGCAGAUAUAGUCAUCGUGGGAGGCGGGGUGAUCGGCUGGUCCAUCGCCUACUGGCUGAAGAAGAAAGAGAGGGUCCGAGAUGGUGUGAGGGUCCUGCUGGUCGAGAAGGACCCCAGUUAUUCCCAGGCCUCCACUGUGCUGUCGGCUGGAGGAAUCCGGCAGCAGUUUUCCCUGAAGGAGAACAUCCUGCUCUCUCUGGCCUCGGCAGAUUUCAUGAAGAAUAUAAAUGAACAUCUCGGAGUGGUGAAUGAAGAUCCGGUGGAUUUGCAGUUUAACCAUUCGGGUUACUUAUUCCUGGCGAAUGAAAAUGUAGCACAUAUUAUGGAGGAGAAUUAUGUGACCCAGAGAGAUCUUGGGGCGAAAGUGGCCCUCCUGUCACCAACCCAGCUAAAGGAGAGAUUCCCCUGGAUAAACACGGAUGAUGUAGCGCUGGCCUCGUAUGGGCUGGAGAACGAAGGCUGGUUUGACCCUUGGACGCUGUUGAACGCUUUCCGCCGCAAGGCCUUGUCUAUGGGAGUCUACCAGUGCUUUGGAGAAGUCACAGGGUUCACAUGUUCUACUCAGACAGCAGAAACCACAGAUGGAGAAAUGUUAAAUGUGAAAAGGAUAAAAUACAUUAAUGUGCGGAUGCCCAACAGUUUGGAAUACCAGCCUGUGGAGUGUGCGGUGGUAAUAAAUGCAGCUGGAGCUGGAUCAGGGAAAAUUGCAGAGAUGGUCGGCAUUGGAAAGGGCCCAGAACACUCUGUGGCUUCCGUUCCAUUACCUGUGGAACCAAGAAAGAGAUAUGUUUAUGUGGUGCAUUGCCCAGACGGACCAGGCCUAGAAUGUCCGUUUUUGAUCGAUUAUUCAGGAGUUUACUUUAGACGAGAGGGACUCGGAGGAAAUUACAUCGCAGGGAAGUCCCCAGAGGAGGCAGAAGAACCGGACGUCAGUGACCUGGAAGUGGACCAUGAGUUUUUUCAGGAGAAGGUCUGGCCCCUCUUAUGCCACCGGGUUCCUUCCUUUGAGCGUCUAAAGGUAUCCUCAGCAUGGGCAGGAUUUUAUGAUUACAACACGUUUGACCAGAAUGCGAUCGUGGGAGUGCAUCCGCUCGUCAACAACAUGUUCCACGCCACAGGGUUCAGCGGUCACGGGUUACAGCAGUCCCCCGCUGUCGGCCGCGCCGUGGCCGAGCUCGUCCUGGACGGUGAUUUCAAAACCAUUGACCUCAGUGCCUUCGACCUUAGGCGCCUUAUAUACCAGGAGCCGGUCCUGGAGAACAACAUAGUAUGAGUAGGACUGAAUGGAGGAUACUGAAUUUAGUGGGUACUGAUAGAGUGUAAAUUGGAAUUAAAUGAGUUUUUUUUAAAAAGCUCCGUUCAUCAGGAAAUCAAAGAAUUCACUGUGAUUUCAGUCAUUUUGGUUCAUUAAAGUGUGAGAUCAUCAGUGUUCUACAAGCAAGGUCUCGUAAUGAGUGGCAAUCCAUUUCCUCCAUCAGAGUGCAGUGACCGCCCACAGGUUAAGUUUUAAUGAUUGUGACUCGUGGAAUCAGGCUAGAACUGUCCAUGCUAACAGGCGAGAAAGACCCUUGUGUCUCUGUUAACACUUCAACACCGAACACAGCUCCUUAUGUGGACUUGGGAGGUUGCUAAGAUGGACCCUAGAGAACCUGAUAACUAUAGGGCUGCAUGAUAUUGGUAAAAAUUUGACAUUGCCAUGUUUUUUUGUUUUUUUCCGAUGAUAUAUAUCGUAAUAUUAAACAAUGCAGGACCCGUGA